AUGCCUCUGACCGUCGGUAUCGCCGGUAUCACCGGCAAGUUCUCGCGUCUUGUCCUGAAGAACCUCCUCCGCAACCACCCCAACGUGCAGAUCCGCGGCUUCUGCCGUAACGCCUCCAAGCUCCCAGAGCACCUGCGCUCAUCCGACCGCAUCACCAUCAUCCAAGGUGACUCGAUGAGCUUGGACGACGCCCGCGAGUUCGUCCGCGGGAGCGAUGUGAUUGUGUGCGGCUACCUGGGUGACAACGAGUUUAUGACCGCCGGUCAGAAAGUGCUGGUCGAUGCGUGCGAGCUGGAGUCGGUGCCCCGCUACAUCGCCAGUGACUACUGCCUGGACUUCACCCAGCUGGAGUUGGGCCAGCAUCCCGCCAAGGACCCGAUGAAGCUGGUCAAGAGCUACCUGGACUCCAAGCCCACUGUGCAGGGGGUGCAUGUGCUGAUUGGUGCCUUCAUGGAGACCUUCUGGAGCCGGUACUUUGGCAUCUUUGACCCCGCGCAGCUGACCCUCUCGUACUGGGGGGACGGGGACGAGGUUUGGGAGUCGACCACCUACAGCACCGCAGCCGAGUUUGUGGCGGCGGUUGCGACUGAUCCCAAGGCCGUGGGCAUGCAGCAUUUCCUCGGAGACCGGAAAACCAUCCGCCAGAUUGCAGACGAGUUCGCCCAGGUCUAUGGCCGGGAGCCCCGGCUGGUACGCCUCGGCUCUCAAGAGCAGCUGUACCAGAAGAUGCAUGCCAUUUAUGACCAGGAUCCCUCGAACAUCUACGCUUACUUGGCUCUCUUCUAUCAGUACUAUUGCACCAAUGGACAAACAUACCUCAAGCCAGAGCUGGAUAAUUCCAGGUACCUGAGCGUGAAGCCGAUGACCUUCAGGCAGUUCCUGCAGUCGCACAGCAUCGACUCGUUGAGCGACUCGUACCAGAACGCUGGGUCGGAUGCCUAA